GAGCUCUAGGCAAGCAAACUAGGCUGGUAGUAGUAGGUCACUGAUGAUUGGAUAUGCAUAGGUAAAUUACUUACCGAGAGAUUACAGUAUCACCUUCCACUCGCUGGAAUUGCAAGUCCAUCGCUACAGUACUUUUGGAGAGCAAGAAGAAUAUUUAUGAGCGUUUUCUUCCUCCAAGGAAAAACAAACGAUGCUCUUUUUUCAUCAAACACAAAUAGUCUACAUAUGCCACUUAGACUUGCGAAUACCGGUACCAGAAAUAGCAACAACAACUGCCAUCGGGCUGCCGAGACAUUACCGGUAUCACUCCUUCUGCUAGGGCCUUACCAGAUCUACGUAGUUUCGGGUAGGAUUGGAGUGGAGUGGAGUGGAGUCCAAAAAGCCGGUCGGGGCCAAGACCAAAAAACUCGCCGAUUGAACACUUGAAAUCGUUCUCCCAUCAUCCAGUCAGCAUUUAGUGAAACUUCAAAUGUGGAACUCAAGCAUCCGGGUUGCUUCCAAGAUGUCUUCGAGCCGAUACCUAGGGACGAACUUGUUGGACCGAUGCCAAGUUCAUCGUUGGUGAAAUUAAGCCUUCCUCCACUUCCCUACGAGAAAUCUCGAGAAUCAGACGUCCAUUCUAGGUAAGUGACUAAUACGAAGUACGACAUGCCGCUGAAUUAGCUACCAACCGGUAAAUACAAUACCUUGUUGGUUUUGAGGGGUAGAGAAGAGGGGCAGAGCCAUCUCGUUGAGUUCUUAUCCAAUCAUUUGACCAAAUCUAAUCCUUUCAACAAGUGUCCAGGUACAGUUCCACUGAUACUCUGCACAUUUAGAGUUACUUCGAAGUGGCUCUCCGCUGCCUCGGUUAUGACCGCGCUUUUCCAGGGCAAUGCAUGAGGCUGUUUACUCCAUAUACAUCCCCAUAUUUUCGCGGAAGUCUGUUUAAGCGGCUAUCCACUUCCAACCCAAGAUGGUAAGACGGUCAUGCCAAGCGAACGCAUCUCGCUUGGCGUGAACAUGGGGCAGAUAUGCAUUUUAGGAGGAUGGAAACGAGAUACUUAAGUAGGUAGAUGUCUUUCUAUUGGGAUUUUCUGGCCAUCUUGUUUUCAAGACUCCUUCCACUCUUUUUACUCUGGUUCAUCGCGGUUGCAUCCUUCAAUAUGCACUCCACCACACUUGGUCGCCUCGUGGCAGCUGCUUCGUUUCUCGACUUGGUAUCUGGAUCACCACUAUCGCCAGUAGCUAGACAAGAGGUCACACCAUAUGCUGCUACAGUGAACGGAACUUAUGCUGGUAUUCACAAUGAACAAUUCAAUCAAGACUAUUUCCUUGGAAUGCCUUUUGCCCAACCUCCAAUUGGUCCGCUUCGCUUCAGAAAUCCAGCCUCUCUCAACACUUCCUGGUCAGGUAUUGCCAAUGCCACUCAAUUCUCAGCAGCAUGCCCACCUCAAUCUGGUGACAACGUUUCGGAGGACUGCUUGAGCAUCAACGUUUACCGACCAGCCGGUUAUGAACAAGGGGCCAACCUACCAAUUGGCCUCUGGAUUUAUGGCGGUGGUCACGUCUUUGGAUCCAACUCGGAUCCUUUAUACAACAUGUCCUACAUGAUCCAAGAAGCAGUUAAUGUAGGAAAGCCAUUCAUUGGAAUCAGCAUCAACUACCGUUUGCAAGCCUAUGGAUACAUGUAUGGAUCCGAGGUAGUCAAAGCAGGUGUUGGAAACUUGGGUUACAAGGACCAACACUUGGCUCUGAGAUGGGUCCAGGAAAACAUUGAAGUUUUCGGUGGAGACCCAACCAAGGUUACCAUCUGGGGUGAAAGUGCUGGAGGAAUGAGCGUCGGAGCCCUAACGAUUGCUCAUGGUGGUGUUGACACAGGUCUUUUCCGCGGAGCAAUCCUUGAAAGUGCAGGACCUGUCAACCCAUUCAAAUACACCACUCCACAAGAAUGGGAUGUCUGGUAUGACGCCAUUGUUGAAGCUGCUGGCUGUUCUGGAUCAGCGGAUACACUCGAAUGUCUUCGAACUGUGCCUGAGGACCAGUUGAACGCAGUUCUCAACAGCAAUGUCACCGCACCAAUCACUUCCUUCGGUAUGGAAAUCGAUGGUGAUUUCAUCCGGGAAAAUGCCCGAGAGCAAUACGCCGCCGGAAAGUUCGUCAGAGUUCCAAUCUUACAAGGACAUAACCACGAUGAGGGGACUGCCAUGACUUACCGAGGAGUCAACACCGACGAGCAAUUCUUGACUGCCGUCAUGAACCGCGCCCUCAACAACGAGACCGCCAUGGAAAUCGCAAGACUCUACCCCGACAUUCCCGAGGACGGAAUUCCCGCCACCUUCCACGGACGACCAGAUGCCACCCUUGGUCUGCAAUACAAGCGAAUCACUGCUGUCAUGACCGACUUGAUCUGGCACGCACCUCGCCGUCUCCAAGCCAAGAUCCUGGAUCAGUACAAAGUUCCCAACUGGGGAUUCUUAUUCAAUGUUCUUCCCCCAGGGACCGCCUCUUCGACUGGAGUGACCCACGCCUUGGAGAUGCCAUAUGUGUUCAACAACCUCGCUGUUGGAUCUUACGGACCAGUUACCCAGGAAGCACCUCAAGAACACAAGGAUAUCGCUCGCAUCAUUUCCAAAUACUGGAUCAACUUCAUCGUUGACGGGGACCCAAACAGCCUUCCACGUAAGUCCUCACUUCCUUCGAACUAUUCGCUUUAUAUACUAACGAGAUCACUAGCUGUCAACCGAACCUGGCCACAAUGGACUGCUGAGUCUCCACAGCUUAUGGAGUUCAACGUUAAUAAGACUGAGACCGCUGCACCAAUCCCAGAUACCUACCGUGCUGAGGGCAUUGAUUAUAUCAUGGCUAACCUUGGAAAUGGGUUUGGACGUAAGAGAUAGGUUGUUAUGAUAUGAGCUUGGAUGUAGAUGAAUAAUGAUUAAUUGAGGGAAGGAAAGGAAAAAAUAUGAAAAUAAAUUACGUACUACCAACCUUUCGAAUG